AUGUUUGUCAUUCUUCUAAUCUUGGCACUGGAAACAUCACAAGUCCAUGCAUGGACAUUAUCUGCCCUGAUGCGACCUUCUGCCACCACUACUACUACUGGUUCCUGUCGGUCCAGUUUUGUAGGACUCGCCAACGGCUGCAACCAUGUUCCCCUCAAAAGAAGAAGCAACGGCAUGACCAUGGGCCUUCAGGUGAAAAUUCGCAUGGUGGGUCGGGAAAAGAGCGGGACACACGAUCAAUGGAUGUCUCCUGCCAUUGAAAUGUACACUACGCGAUUGCGAUCCGCUCAAAUGGACGUGGAGACGGAAUGGCACAAAACGGACGAGGCAUUGAUCAAGGGAGUUCUUGGCGAUGUCCAAAAAGGAGCUACUGUGGUAGUGUUGGAUCCCCAUGGGAAACUACCCUCCAGCGAAACCUUUGCUGCCGACCUCUAUGAAUGGUUGGAACGAGGUGGCAGUCGUGUGGUAUUUGUCAUUGGAGGAGCGGAAGGACUGCCGUGGGAAUUGAAAUCAGGUCAACUCAUGAUGACAUCCUCCUCCUCCAAGGGCAAUAAUAAGAAAUCUGCCACCCACAAUAAGCAACUACCGCUCUUGAGUUUGUCCAAAUUGACCUUUACGCACCAAUUUGCUCGUCUACUAUUGGUGGAACAAAUCUACAGAGCUUCCGAAAUACGAAAGGGAAGCAACUAUCACAAAUAA